GAACUCGAGACUUUGCGCCUCGAUGUCUCUGCUUGGAUAGAGAAGUCGUCUACACACACGCAUACUAAUACGUAUAUACGAGCAGUGGCAGGUCGCUGCUACUCGCUAUCGACUAUAUACUUCAUCAUAUACAUUGCGAAUCGUGCACUGCUGCGCGAGACAAGAGUCGAAAAGCUCCGACGACGACGACGACGACGACGACGUCUUGCUGCGAGCAAAGAGACACAGAUCUUCUCUUUUGUUUUUGUUCUACUUGUUGUGUGUACACGGCCGCCACUCCGCUGUUCGCGUUUGACGUGCAGCUCGCCCGCGCUGAUACACAAGAGAUUUUGUUUUUUGUUUCUCUACUCGUUGUCGGUCGUUCGUCGCAAAAAUAACGGGCAAAAAAAUGGCAGUGAAGGAGAAGCAGGCCGACUCCACCGAGGACAUAGACUGGAACGUCGAGAACGAGAUACAAUUGUUCGUCGCCAUGAACGGACACAAGCCCGUCGGUGUAAACAAAUACUUCCACAUGGUCUGCAUCUGGGAAAAGUUCCGCUCUGCCAUAAACAAAGAUGCAUCCCUCAAAGCUAUCUGGGACCAUCUCAAGUCCAUGUACGAUCUCAUGACCCUCGAUGACAUGGAAGAUGUGCCUUUUCCGAGUGACGAGACAGAUUUUACUUGGCCUGAAAGCGAAUUCUCCGAGCUAGUGAAGAAUCGUAAAAAGGAUGAGGCCGACGUUAAACCAAAAGAGAUAAAGGAGAAAGUCAAAGAAAUCAAAAAAGAAAAGGAUGUAAAGGAGGUGAAGAAAGAGAUUGUGACUCGCGAUUCCAGCAAAAGCGGCAAGGAUUCAGACAGGAAAAAGGAAGAUAUCAAAAAGAUUAAAACUGAGUCUGAAAUCAAGAAGGAGAGCAAAAUGCGCGAAGCUAAAGAAGUUAAAAAAGAACAAAAAGCUACCAAAGGACGUUCCAAAGUUAAGGAAGAGCCAGAAGAUAUAGGACCACCGAUGAAAAAAGAGCGAAAGGAUUCAGAAUCCAGUCGUGAAAGUUCAAAGAGACUAGCACCAAAGAGACCAACAAGACAAAGCACUGAUAAUGCAUCUAAAGUUGCUACGUCAAGUCCUAGAAAUACUCCUCCACCUACCAAACGUAGGAGAUUGUAAUUUUAAUAUUACUGUUUACCAAAUUUAUAUCUACAUUUCUAAAUAUAAUUUGUAUAGUUUUACAAGUAGUAAUUUACCCAGCGGUUGACUAAUAGGUCGUAGAAUAUGUAGGAUGAUCACCUUCAACAAUGCCAUUGUUCUUUUUCAAUUAUAUUAUAAUCAAAACUAUAAAAUAAUGAAAAAGGCAUUUGACAUAUUGUAUAAAAUGUUUAUACAAUCACAUAUCUAUGAGUAUGAUUGAUUAAUGUUGUUUUUAAAACAGUGGUUAUGUACUGAGUUAAAGUCAAUCUCUGGAUACUUUACCCUAUUUCUUAUUAAUUCUUAUUAAUCAACAGUUGAUAUUUAAAUAUUAUUAUAUCAUAUGUCAUCAUAGAGAUGAAAGUUACAUUGUAAAUAAACUCAAAUACUUUUUUAAAUCAA